UGGAGACCUGGGUGGGCUGCAGUCGUCCUGGGAGUUGGCUGAUAUAUUUAUGUGCACGCGUUCUGAUCACCCACCCCCAAAUUAGAAUCUGCUGAAGUUCGGGAACAUGCCAUUGACCCUGUUGCAGGACUGGUGUAGGGGGGAGCAUUUGGACACCCAGAGGUCCAUGUUGAUCCUGGGAAUUCCUGAGGACUGUAGUGAGGAUGAAUUUGAAGAGACUCUCCAGGAGGCUCUCAGGCAUCUGGGCAGAUAUAGGGUUAUUGGCAGAAUGUUUAGGAGGGAGGAGAAUGCCCAAGCCUUUCUACUGGAGCUUGCACAAGAUUUUGACUAUGCUUUGGUCCCCAGGGAAAUACUAGGAAAGGGGGGACCCUGGGAAGUGAUUGUAAAACCCCGAAAUACUGAUGAAGAAUUUCUCAAUAGACUGAACCGCUUCUUAGAGGAGGAGAGGCGGUCCGUGUCAGACAUGAACAGAGUCCUUGGGUCCUGCACUAAUUGUUCAGCUCCCAGAUUGGCUAUAUCACCAGAUUUCUGGACCUGGGCCCAGACCCUGGGGGCAGCAGUGCAACCUCUGCUAGAACAAAUGCUAUACCGAGAACUAAGAGUGUUUUCUGGGAACACCAUAUCUAUCCCAGGGGCAUUGGCCUUUGAUGCCUGGCUUGAGCACACCACUGAGAUGCUACAGAUGUGGCAGGUGCCUGAGGGGGAAAAGAGGAGGAGGCUGAUGGAAUGCUUGCGGGGCCCUGCUCUCCAGGUGGUCAGUGUACUGCGUGCCAACAAUGCUGCCAUCACAGUGGAGGAGUGCCUAGCAGCCCUGCAGCAGGUGUUUGGACCUGUGGAGAGCAGAAAAAUUGCCCAGGUGAAAUUUUGUAAGGCCUAUCAGGAGCCAGGAGAGAAAGUCUCUAGCUUUGUGGUACGUUUGGAACCCCUGCUUCAAAAAGCUGUAGAGAAAAAUGCAGUAUCCCGGAGGAAUGUGAAUCAGACACGCCUGAAACGCAUCUUAGGUGGGGCCACCCUUCCUGACAAACUUCGAGAGAAGCUUAAGCUGAUGAAACAGCGCAGGAAGCCGCCUGGUUUCCUGGCCCUGGUAAAGCUCCUACGUGAGGAGGAGGAGUGGGAGGCCACCAUAGGUCCGGAGAGGGAGAUUCUGGAAGGGUUGGAAAUAGGCCAAAGGCCAUCUGCCAGAGUCAGUGGGGUCAGGGCAGCGCUUGUUCCUGCCCUUGGCAAUACUCUUGAGGCAAGGCCUUCCCAGGGUUCCCGACGCUGGAGGGGCAGAGGCCAACACAGGAGAGGAGGUGUGAUGAGGGCUGGCUCUAGAGGAUCAAGAAAACGGAAACACCACACAUUCUGCUAUGGCUGUGGGGAAGAUGGCCACAUCAGGGCGCAGUGUUUCAACCCCCCCAAUCUGCCCUUGGUGAAGCAGAAGAGACAGGCUGCAAUUGAUUUGGGAAACGGGAGCCGGGCUUGGGACAAGAGCCAUCCCAAGUCCAAGGCCAAGUAGGCUCUGGAAAACAG